CUGUCCCCCUGCCCCAUUCCCUGUUACCUCUUUCCUCAAUUCUUUUUUUUUUUUUCUGCUUUAGGUGAUGUAUAGUGUAAAGGCAGGACUUUGUCACCAUAGCAGUUUAACAUGAUGAAGGAUGUGGAAGCCAUUGUGAUGGAUGCUAUUUACCCUGUUUGCUAAUUGAAACUCAAGGUAGAGUCGCCUUCUGAUCUAAUCCUCUGGUUGUUGAGGAAGUAACCCGAAGUCUUUUCACUUCUGCCUGUUUGCCUGAUAUGAAGCAUUUCCCAUGGCCCGUGAAAAACAGAGGUGUUCUUAAGGCUCCUUGAGAAGAGUUCCUUGACCAAGCUGAGCCAGCUGAAGGAACUGGGGCUGAAUCGGUUGAUUCUGUUUUGCCCAAAUAACACAGCAGAGAAGCUCAGGGCAGGAAAAAGAGUGUUAAGAGAGGAGACGCUAACUUGAGUUUACUGUGGGAACGACACUCUGAAGUCCCUAGGAGUGAUAAGGAUGGCAAAGCCCAGGACUGGAAGCAGGAUUAGAUCCAUUGCUUGGGAAGCAGAAAUGUUGGCUGACUUGUAGGACUUGCUUGAAGCCAGAGUCAUGGUGGAUGUGGGAAAGUGGCCCAUCUUCACUCUGCUGUCCCCUCAAGAGAUCGCCUCGAUCCGGAAAGCAUGUGUCUUUGGCACCUCUGCCAAUGAAGCCUUGUACGUCACUGACAACGAUGAGGUCUUUGUAUUUGGACUGAAUUACAGUAACUGUCUAGGAACUGGAGAUAAUCAGAGUACCCUUGUACCCAAGAAGCUGGAAGCCUUGUGUGGGAAGAAGAUUAAAAGCCUUAGUUAUGGGAGUGGGCCGCACGUUCUUCUCAGCACCGAAGAUGGAGUGGUUUAUGCCUGGGGCCACAAUGGAUACAGCCAGCUGGGGAAUGGGACCACCAACCAAGGCAUUGCUCCCAUCCAAGUCUGUACCAAUCUUUUGAUCAAGCAAGUGGUUGAAGUAGCCUGUGGCUCACAUCAUUCAAUGGUUCUGGCAGCUGAUGGAGAGGUAUUUGCCUGGGGCUACAACAACUGUGGCCAGGUGGGGUCAGGGUCCACAGCCAAUCAGCCAACUCCUCGCAAAGUCACCAACUGUUUACACAUCAAGCGGGUAGUCGGCAUUGCCUGUGGUCAGACUUCCUCCAUGGCUGUUCUGGACAAUGGAGAGGUGUAUGCUUGGGGCUACAAUGGCAACGGUCAGCUGGGCUUGGGCAACAAUGGCAAUCAGCUGACACCUGUGCGUGUGGCAGCUCUGCACAGCGUGUGUGUGAACCAGAUUGUCUGCGGCUAUGCACAUACCCUAGCACUAACAGACGAGGGCUUGCUCUAUGCCUGGGGAGCUAACACGUAUGGGCAGCUGGGAACUGGCAAUAAAAAUAACCUGCUAAGCCCAGCACACAUCAUGGUGGAGAAGGAAAGGGUAGUGGAGAUCGCAGCCUGCCACUCUGCGCACACGUCCGCCGCCAAGACCCAGGGCGGGCACGUGUACAUGUGGGGCCAGUGCCGGGGCCAGUCGGUGAUCCUGCCUCACCUCACCCACUUCUCCUGCACCGACGACGUCUUCGCCUGCUUCGCCACGCCCGCCGUCUCCUGGCGCCUGCUCUCUGUGGAGCAUGAAGACUUUUUAACCGUGGCGGAGUCACUGAAGAAAGAAUUUGAUAGUCCAGAAACUGCCGACCUGAAGUUUCGAAUUGAUGGGAAAUACAUUCAUGUCCAUAAAGCUGUUUUGAAAAUCAGGUGUGAGCACUUUCGAUCCAUGUUCCAGUCUUAUUGGAAUGAGGACAUGAAGGAAGUGAUAGAAAUAGACCAGUUCUCUUACCCUGUGUACCGUGCCUUUCUGCAGUACCUCUACACAGACACAGUGGAUCUGCCUCCUGAGGACGCCAUAGGCCUCCUGGAUUUGGCGACGUCUUACUGUGAAAACCGACUGAAGAAGCUUUGUCAGCACAUCAUCAAGCGCGGGAUUACUGUGGAGAACGCCUUUUCCUUAUUCUCUGCUGCGGUCCGAUACGAUGCGGAGGAUUUAGAAGAAUUCUGCUUUAAGUUUUGCAUCAAUCAUUUGACAGAAGUCACGCAGACUGCAGCAUUUUGGCAAAUGGAUGGCCCCCUGCUAAAGGAGUUCAUUGCUAAAGCCAGUAAAUGUGGAGCCUUUAAGAACUGAAGCGCCAGGCUGCGGGGUUUUGUGUGCGUGCUCAGGGGUGCGGUAGGCGUGUCCGGUUUGUGCUCUUCGGGUGAUGUGAUGCUGCAGGUAAAAACACCACGAGGCCGUGUUUCCUCCCACCUCUGUAGGGAUUACAGGAAGGAUGCCCAGCUUCCCUGAGCUGUUAGAAACGUGUAUAUUUUAAAUGCAACCUUUCUUAGAUUUGGGCUGGGACCCUGGGAAAACGAUUUCCAUUUGCUGUCUCCAUUCUCCGUUUUGGCCAGAGGAACUUCUGAACUUGAAAAGGGACCUUAGUGACAGCAGUUCCAGCUCCUGUAGCAUCCUGGCUUGGAUACUGGAGAUGUGUUGUGAGGAGAGGCCCCUCCUCCUGCACCGCAGGUGGGGGCCAGCCCCUGAGGGUAGGGCGUGUGGAAUCCCUGGCUGGUGGCUGGUGCUAGGUUGAUGGUAGCCUGGCCGUAGUGGGGUGUGAGAGGCUGUUUGUGUGCUUGUGUAUUGAUGGCUUCUUAAACUCAAGGUGUAGCAAAAAAAACAAAACAAAACAUUUAACAUGGGUUAAACUUAUUGAAACAAUUACGUAAAGAUAAAUUUCUAGGUUAGCCAAGACUUCUUCAGAUUUAAGUGCAUAAGGAGUAGUUUUUAGAACUGUCACAAAGCUGAUAAUGAAUUAGAAGCUCCACUACUCAUCCAUUACUUAAACAAUAAGGUUUCGUUUUGUUACUUUAUAAACUCAAGUAGACUGCCGCCCCACCCCUACCCUUUGCCCUAUAAAUGCUUACUCCUGGGAGGUAUAUGACACAACAGCGCGUGGCUGCCAGGUUGUCACUAGCUAUGUAUGACUUGAAGUGGUUCUUACAGCCAGCUUUCUUCCAGGACUUAAUGGAAUUUGUUUUAUUUUCUCUUGACCAAAUAUCCUCAUAGAUGUGCCCAUUUGAAACUUCCCUACUUUGCAUUUUGUUCUACUUCUAAAUUGUGUUUGGUAGAAUACUUAGCACAGUUUAACUUUAAAGGCUGAAACUUUGAUCUUCAUGACAAGAUCCUAUUUAAAAAACAUCUGUCUUUUUGGCCUGGUUACGGAGCACGGCGGCCGAGGGCUCCAGGAGCAUCUGGCUGCUGAGUCUGGUCCACCCUCGUGUGAGCUCCCUUCUUGGAUCUCGUUUUCCCCCUGCAGGGACUCCCUUCUGAACAUGGAGCCCACCGGCUUUCUCAGAGCCAAAUUAAUAAAGGGCUUGAAGCCACGCUGCUUGCUGUCAUUCUCCACCAUGUAUUCGAAUGCGUGUGUGGAAUUCAUUGGUGGUGACAGAAGUCAGAAGCUGCAAGUCCCAGCCUCUUUUUCUUGAUCACAUCACCCACGCCUAGUGAAUCACUGGGCUAGAAUUAGCUCUGCAGCAUGGGCGCAGUUUUCUUCCUGGGUUGAAUGCACAUCACCCAGAUUACUGGCAGUGUUUAGAGAUAGUAUUUGCAACAUCACUGCUCCUUAGGCUUAUGAUCUGAACAAAAGGAGAACUUCAGUGUGUGUGCUAUUGCUCUUGAGAAAUCUUUAAAAAAAAAAAAAAGCACAAAUUGAAGUAGUAGAGGCAGAUUCAUUGAUCCAUGCAGCAUCUACUAAGUUUCUGACAUAGAUCAAGAACCACUUCUCAUUAGGUCACUGAGAAACCUGCAUGCAGGGAAAUGAGGAGAGUUAGACCUUCCAAAAGUACUUGAGGAUCUUUUUUUAAAGUUUUUAUUUUUCUACUUGGUUUUGUUGUUGAUCAUAGGAAAUAAAAACUAUUGCUUGAAUUGGCUUUUUUUCAUCUGAUAUAAUAAUGGAAGCCAAAGUAUUUACAUUUCUCAAAACCACCCAUGAUGUGCUCUUGAACUUCUUACUGGAACAAUGUUUGAUAUUCUAGUAUGUAAGCUGUAUUUAUGUAAUGUUAAGAAUGACAUACUAAUAAAUACGCUGUUAAAACAA